GAAGCGGCUGCGGGACAUAAACAACAGACUGCUCCCUUGUACAUAUCCCGUAGCUGUCAUGUACCAGUGUAGUUAGAUUUUUUUUAAAUGAAAAGCUGCGCAGUGUUUGAGUAACCACCGCAACAUAUCCGGCACGAGGUCAGACAUGAGGCUCUGCGCCCCUCUUCUGCUCUGCCUGGCAGUAGCCCUGUCAUCUGCCUUUGUGAUUUCACCUCCACACAUGUGGACCAAACUGAUCCUGACCCACCACUGGCCAACCACCUUCUGUAGUAUGGAACACCCAGCAUGUCAUCCCAACUUGAGCUACUGGACACUUCAUGGUCUCUGGCCAGAUAAAGGGAUUGACUGCAAUUCAUCAUGGCAUUUCAACUCUUCUCAAAUAGAGGACCUGCUUCCAGACAUGAAGAAGAGUUGGCCUGACUUACUUAACCCCUCAUCUGCUGGAUUCUGGAAGUAUGAGUGGCACAAACAUGGCACAUGUGCAGCUAAAGCAGCUUCGCUGAAUAGUCAACAUAAAUACUUCAGCAAGGCACUGGAACUAUACCAUAAAGUGGAUUUGGACAGCAUCCUGAAGAAGUUUGACAUCACCCCUUCAGAAAAAUACUACACACUUUCACAAAUUGAGGGAGUCAUAGAGAACUUCUACGGGGUCACACCUAAGAUACAAUGUGCCCAUCCAUCAAAGAAUGCUGAUGUCCAGGUUUUGGGGCAGAUUGAGAUCUGUUUUGACCCUGACUUCACCCUCCUGGAUUGUGAGAAACAUCUUAACAAGGAAACAAUAUUUAAGGGAGACUGGGACAAUGAAAUUGCUGUUGACAAGGUGUCUGGGUUCAACGUGUGUGACCAUGAUAUGCCAGUUUACUACCCACCUCUUCAACAAAACAGAAACUGAAAUGCAGCAGCACACUACAAGCCCACUUUCACACACACAAGACAUGCAAACAAAUAUAUUUGUUUGCCAGUCAAUUGUACUGUAAUGUUUUUCUCAGGCCUUAUAAUAAACAUCAUAAUUAAAUUAUGCUGUAUAUCAAAAAUAGCCUCACAUAUAAACAUUUUAGAACUGCAUGAAAAUUCUGUCUGUGUCAGAUACUUGAAAAAAUCUGAUUUAAGUGCAUUUUUUAUUUUUUAUUGUAUCCUACAAAAACCAGGACACAAACGGCACUGCUACGUAGUGCUUUAAUGGAAUUACGUCCCUUCCUGACCCCUGCUAGCAGAUGAAUCCCAUGUAGUGCACAGCAUGUUGUUUUUCCACGGCUCAACAGGAGGCAUCAUGGUGAUUUCAGGUCAGGCAGGCAGACAGGCGGUUUAUUUACUGUAUCUUUUUUGCAAAUGAGUGCAGCCUUGUGCCAGAUUCAUUCAUUAUUACAGACUUAAAUGCAGUGGUCGAACCCUUGUGUAUAUCUUGUAACUGUGCUGGACAUAUUUUAAACCACAUUUGUGUGCCUAUGUUCUACACAAUACGUGCUAUCUCUUUUCUGCAGCAGUGAUUGGCAUUUUAGCAUUAAAUAAAUGCUUUUUAGCAUAAUGAUAAUGAAAUUAAUCCAAUACAUCAGCAUAGCUGGUAUUCUCUAUUGUUAAAUCACUACGUUAAUAAUAUUGUGUAUUAUGCAUAUGUAUGAGGGCUUUUCGGGGCAAGGGCCAGACUUUCUAAACAAACACUGCUGUUGUCAACAACAUCCACAAUCUUUGAGGCAUUUUAAACUAGUGGUAGUAAUCAUUAGCUACCCUCUGAUGUUGCCAAGUACACAAGCAAUUAUUGAGUGUUGUGCUGACAGCCUGCUUCAGUCUGUCAAUUGAUGUUAAAAGACAACUGUUAGUCACAUAUGUGAGCUUAGGAAGUAAAUAUAGUACAUAGUUUAUAGAGAAAAUGCUUUAGUGUCAACUACACUGUUCACUUUAAGUAGAUAUGAGUCCAAAAAGCCAAGUAUUUUUCUAUGGAAACCUCACAACACAUAUAGCAAUACAUUUCACAAGAUGUCACACAAGUUCAUGGCGCACCAUGUUUGCCACACAUGCUCUCAGCCUGUACAGAUCAAAUACUUGUUUCUCAGUGACAUAGGAAGUGUUUUGGUAAACACUAUUUAAUCUCUAACUGAUUUGUACAAUGACUUGUUUCUAUUGGUGCUGCUGGCUAUGGCUGUUUUUGUGCUUAAAUAGAUCAAUUAAGUGUAAAAUGAAAGGUAAAAUGACUAUUGUUAUAGCUGCAGUGAACAAAUGCUGUGGUGGGAAAUUAAUGAAAUGAACAUUUGUACUGUCGUUUUUAAAAUGUAAAUAAAACAUUCAAUAUUGAUUCAA